AUGAAGCUUGAUGUGAAGAUGAUGCUUGCUGAGCUUGAACUCCUUGCAGUCAGAUAUGACUUGCAGAGCCAGGAGCCUGGUCAACUUGCCCUCAGAAUGAUGAUUGCAGCAAAGUGGCAUGCACUGGAGAGUGAGAUUGGAGGUGACUGGGGAGAAAAAAAGGGCAUUGUUCAGGUUGACAAUGCCCUCAUUGUCUCUCUCAACAAGCAAAUUUGUCAGCUUGAGGAGGCACAGUUGUGUCCCAAGAAGAAACAGAGACCUACCUUGUCAUCAGUAGAUCACUCCAUGUCAAGCAAGAGUUCUCACCCUCUUGUUACUGACAUUCCUAAGAGCCAGCUUGAUCCAGAAGAGGGAACAGUCAGCAGGUAUCUGCAGAUGGAAUUGCGCAACCAAAUGUAUGUGGACAUUGGCUACCACAUAGAAGGGACCAUGCCCAACAAGGGCAAAUCACCUGUUGAAGAGCUUGGAACUUACAUGGAGCCUGACUUCAAGGGUGGAAUUAAUGCCAAUGCCAACAUAAAGAUCAGAGAUGUGUGGUGGACUUUGUCUACCAACAAGAAAUGGGUGAAGACAGCUGAGUGCCCAUCAAGCUCUAAAGCAGCCAAGCUCCGUCAAGCACUAAGGGACUUUGCUGACAACAACCACCUAGAGUAUGAGGCCAUCAAGGAUGAUCUGGCACAUGAGGAUUGGCUGGGGGAUGAGUGCUCUUGUGACGAGGAUGGCACAAAGAAUGCAGGUUGGCAACAGCUUCUGUUCGAGAUGGGGAAGAUCACUCAAGAGGAACAUGACAAUCCUGAUCUUCAAGUGCUCAAAGUGAAGUGCCCAGUCUGGAAGAGCAAAAAUUUCUGGGAGUGGGAGAAAGGUCUUCUCACCCAGUAUAGCAGGAAGAGGUUGCACAAAGGCAAUCAUAAGCUGCAAGAAAAGAAGUGA